UCGCCCAGUCACUGAAUCUCACGCGCUGUUCCUGUUUAGUAUAUGGACACAUACGAAUUGCAAUGAACGCACCCCUCGGAAUGGACGCACGCGUAAAGUUUAGUCUUUUGAUGCUGAUUAUUUCUUUGAUUUAACCUGAAGAUUUUGUGUUGUUUUUCCCUGGUUGACUUUUCGCGCUGGAUGGCUAUCACAAGAAAGGAAAAGCACCCGUUCCUCUCCGCUAUAGCAUAGCACUUUCUGCUCCAGGGAGUAACCAUAAGCAAAGAUCUAUCAAUGCAGGUGAGCGUGACGAGUCGUUCUUAGAACUGCAAAUCCCUGUUAACUUGCGGCACUUUCGGGGAAGAAGACAGAAUCAAAAGGGUCUUAUAGGUAUUGAACAUAAGCUAGUAGCCCAAGACGCAGAUACAAAGCACGGCAGAAGAGGAGAGAAAACACUGCAAGCUACUAGAGAUCACUUUAAGGAGCUUUCGCCCCAAAGCCUCGACAUCUCACUGGACCCUACUACAUCCAUACCUCAGGAAACAUGUCAUCUCAAACUAGAUUCAAGAAGGACAAAGAAAUAAUCGGAGAAUAUGAGACACAAGUCAAAGAGAUCCGGAACCAGCUGGUGGAGCAGUUCAAGUGUCUGGAGGGCCAGUCGGACGCGCGCAUCCAGCUGCUCCAGGACCUGCAGGAGUUCUUCCGCCGCAAGGCCGAGAUCCAGCUGGAGUACUCACGCAGCCUGGAGAAGCUCGCCGAGCGCUUCUCCUCCAAGAUCCGCAGCUCCCGCGAGCACCAGCAGUUCAAGAAGGACCAGCACCUGCUGUCCUCUGUCAACUGCUGGUACUUGGUCCUGAAUCAGACGCGGCGGGAGAGCCGGGACCAUGCCACCCUCAACGACAUCUACAUCAACAACGUCAUCGUGCGCCUGUCCCAGAUCUCCGAGGACGUCAUCCGGCUCUUCAAGAAGAGUAAAGAUAUCGGAAUCCAGAUGCACGAGGAGCUGGUGAAGGUGACCAACGAACUCUACACUGUGAUGAAGACGUAUCACAUGUACCACACGGAGAGCCUGAGCGCCGAGAGCAAGCUGAAGGAGGCCGAGAAGCAGGAGGAGAAGCAGUUCAGCAAGUCGGGCGAGCUCAACGUCAACCUGCUGCGCCACGAGGACCGCCCCCAGCGCCGCAGCUCCGUGCGCAAGAUCGAGAAGAUGAAGGAGAAGAGGCAGGCCAAGUACUAUGAGAACAAGCUCAAGUGCACCAAGGCACGCAACGACUACCUGCUGAACCUGGCGGCCACCAACGCCGUGGUGGCCAAGUACUACAUCCACGACGUCUCCGACAUGAUCGAUUGCUGUGACCUGGGCUACCACGCCAGUCUGGCCCGCACCUUACGGACGUACCUGUCAGCGGAGUACAGUCUGGAGACGUCCAGGCAUGAAGGGCUGGACGUCAUCGAGAACGCCGUGGACAACCUGGACCCUCGCAGUGACAAGCACAAGCUGAUGGACAUGCACAACCAAGUGUUCUGCCCGCCCAUGCGCUUCGAGUACCUGCCCCACAUGGGGGACGAGGUGUGCCAGGUGAGUGCCCAGCAGCCUGUGCAGACGGAGCUGCUGAUGCGCUACCACCAGCUGCAGUCCCGCCUGGCCACGCUCAAGAUCGAGAACGAGGAGGUGCGGAAGACCCUGGAUGCCACCAUGCAGACCCUGCAGGACAUGCUGACCGUCGAGGACUUUGACGUGUCCGACGCCUUCCAGCACAGCCGCUCCACCGAGUCCAUCAAGUCUGUGGCGUCUGAGACCUACAUGAGCAAAGUCAACGUGGCUAAGAGGAGGGCCAACCAGCAGGAGACCGAGGUCUUCUACUUCACUAAAUUCAAGGAGUACCUGAAUGGCAGCAACCUCAUCAUCAAGCUACAGGCCAAGCACGACCUGCUGAAGAGCACCCUGGGAGAAGGAGAAAGGGCUGAAUGUGGAACUACGAGGCCCCCAACCCUCCCCCCUAAGCCACAGAAACUACGAAAGCCUAGACCACGCUCCGUCUAUAACCAUAAGCUGUUUAACGGCAAUAUGGAGACCUUCAUCAAGGAUUCUGGUCAACCCAUUCCAUUGGUUGUCGAGAGCUGCAUCCGCUACAUCAACCUAUACGGCUUGCAGCAACAAGGCAUAUUCCGAGUCCCAGGAUCUCAGGUCGAAGUCAAUGAUAUUAAGAAUUCAUUUGAGAGAGGUGAGGACCCCCUGAUCGACGACCAGAACGACCACGACAUCAACUCUGUGGCUGGGGUGUUGAAGCUGUACUUCAGGGGCCUGGAGAACCCCCUCUUCCCCAAGGAGCGCUUCCUGGACCUGAUCUCCACCGUCAAGCUGGAGUCCUCGGCUGAAAGAGCUCAUCACAUUCAGCAGAUCAUCGUGACUCUUCCUCGCACCAUCAUCAUCGUCAUGAGAUACCUGUUCGCAUUCCUCAAUCACCUGUCCCAGUACAGUGACGAGAACAUGAUGGACCCCUACAACCUGGCCAUCUGCUUCGGCCCCACCCUCAUGCCCAUCCCGGACGGCCAGGACCCCGUGGCGUGCCAGGCCCAGGUCAACGAGGUCAUCAAGACCAUCAUCAUGCACACCGAGAUCAUCUUCCCCAGCCCGCGCGAGCUGGACGGUCCACUCUACGAGAAGUGCAUGACGGGAGGAGAGGAGUACUGUGAUAGCCCCCACAGUGAACCGGGGACCAUCGAUGAGGCAGACAACGGCACUGAGCCCCACACCAGUGAUGAUGAAGUGGAGCAGAUCGAAGCCAUUGCCAAGUUUGACUACUCGGGCCGCACCCCGCGGGAGCUGUCCUUCAAGAAGGGGGCGUCUCUGCUGCUGUACCACCGCGCGUCCGAGGACUGGUGGGAGGGCCGGCACAACGGCGUGGACGGCCUCAUCCCACACCAGUACAUCGUGGUGCAGGACCUAGAUGAUGCGUUCUCAGACAACCUGAGUCAGAAGGCUGACAGUGAGGCCAGCAGUGGGCCACUGUUGGAUGACAAGAGUUCGUCCAAAAAUGACCUGCAGUCUCCCUGCGAGCAUAACCCAGAGUACCCCUUCGGCGGCGUUAUGGGACGGGUGCGGCUGCGCUCGGACGGGGCAGCGAUACCUCGCCGCCGUAGUGGUGAGACCCACAGUCCCCCGAGGGGCACGGACACGCCCCCGCGCGCCGCCGCCUGUCCCAGCAGCCCCCACAAGGUGGCGGUGAGCCGCGGGCGCAUCGAGAGCCCGGAGAAGAGGCGUCUGGGCACGUUCGGCAGCGCCGGCAGCAUCAACUACCCGGACAGGAAGACCUACCCGGAGGGUCACCCGCUCAGACCCGUCCCUGGGGCCACACGCCACAGCAGCCUGGGAGACCACAAGUCCCUGGAAGCCGAAGCCUUGGCUGAGUCUGUCAUGUGUGUGUACUCACAGGAUAUCGAGAAGACCAUGAACACGGCGCUGCACGAGCUGCGCGAGCUGGAGCGCCAGAACACGGCCAAGCAGGCGCCGGACGUGGUGCUGGACACGCUGGAGCCGCUCAAGAACCCGGCCAGCUCGGAGCCGGGCAGCCCGCUGCACACCAUCGUGAUCCGCGACCCGGACGCCGCCAUGCGCCGCAGCUGCAGCGGCUCCAGCAGCGAGAUGAUGACCACCUUCAAGCCGGCGCUGUCCGCCCGCCUGGCCGGCUCCCAGCUGCGCCCGCCGCCCAUGAGGCCCCAGCGCCCCGCGCCGCCACAGCAGCCGCACCACCACCACCACCACCACCACCACCAGCAGCAGGGCCAGGGCCAGGGCCAGCCGGGACCCGGCCACCGCUCCAGCAGCUCCAGCUCCUCCGGGGUGGGCAGCCCCGCCGUCACCCCCACCGAGAAGAUCUUCCCCAACAGCAGCGCCAAUGCUAACGCUAACGCUAACACGGCCGCCGCUAAUGAUAAGUCGGGCACUAUGUAGUGGCCAGACUGGUGUAGGGGGUCUGUCCAUGUCCUGGAGGCCUGGCGAACGGCUGCCGCACCUGGCCACCGGGAGCCUGGUGCUGUUCCUCUGACAGAGGGAAGAAUGAAAUUGCAAAAGGAAGCAGAAAGAGUUCUUGGUCCUCUGUCGGUUUCUCAAAGUUAUAAUUAGCCCUUCUCUCCCUCUCUCCACUCAAAUUCUCCUCCUUCUGAAGGUGAACAUGGGUUGCCAUGGUGACCAACCCUGUGGAGAAGCUGAAAAAUUCUCACAUUCUAACAGAGAUUCAUGAAGCACAGGUGAAACACAAUAGAGGUGGAAAAAAGACAUGCCUUUUUUCUUUUUCCUACCCUCCUUUAGACACCUUUCAUUUUACCUCAGAAAUAAUUCCAUUAAUAAAUUCCGCAUAUUUGGCUAGGUCCCAUUCCUCUAGACCUUCUGUUGACUGUUUAUAGAGCAAUAUAUUGUUGGCAUUAGUAUUUUUUUCUCCUGCACUGGUUAUCCAGAGAUCUCUCUCCAUGACGGGGGGACAAAUGAUCUCCCCCUGGUUUGAAGGGAAGUUUUAAGGCACUCUUGCUCUCCUAAACUGGAUUCUAAAUGCACAUUUAGACCACCAGACUUCUCAAAGACUGUGACCAAAACGGCAUCUUGCCUUUGAGCUGUACCUGUACAUAGAGACUUCCUGUACUUGAAAUUGUAAUGCCUUUUGUUUGUAGUAUAAGGGAUGUUCAACUAAGUAAUUACAAUACAUAGCCAAGUUGUAAACAUAAUGUAUGAGAUGCAGAAAACUGAAACCAUAUACCAACUAAUUGUAAGAAACCUGUGGUAUAAAAUUAAUUGUGUAGUUUAACUUGUAUAUACAGUAACUCCUGAGUAGAUUUUUUUAAGUGUUAAUCUUGUAUAGUCUAAGACAGACCAGGCAAGGACAUGACAAUGGGAUUUUUCCCAUAGAGCAGGCAAACAACCCACCACCGCGCAACCAGCAAACCAUAGAUGGAAAAACAAUUCCCGAUCUGUUUUCUCCCCCAUUUCUGCAUGAAUGGGCCACAGAAACUGAUUUGGAAUGGAGCUCAUCCCACACGUUCUGCAUCGCAUUUCAGAGUAUUCAGUAAUGCAUUUACCACUAAUGCAAACGCACACAUACUGUACACACACGCGCACACACACACACACACACACACACACACACACACACACACACACACACAUGCACUGUUCAUCAUGUACAGUUUCAUUGAAAAAGGUUCAUGACAUUUGUCUUCUUUCAACAUUGUUAUCGUCUAAUAUCAUCAAAAUUGGAAUCCCACUCUUUUCUUGGACAGUGUAACAGACUUUUAGAAGUGACCAACACUAGACUAUUCAUUCAUGUGAUGAAGCAAUGCUAGAUCUGGGCCUGUAUUCACAAAGAAUCUUAAAUGUAGCUCAUAGCUGGCGCAUUUAGGAGAAACUCCUAAAAGUAACUUGUCAAUCUUAACUUUAGGACAACAUUUUGUGCUGAAAGUAGCACAUACAUCUGUGGGCGUUUAGAAGUGGUCCAGAGAACUCCUUACUCCAUAAGACCAAUUCCCAACAGAUUUGAAAUCAGCAGUUUACAUCAGUCCCCGUCAGUGUUUUGAAGUGUCCACAUCACAUUGUUUUGCUCAUGCAAAGUCACGCACACGAGAUCUGAAUCCCAAGGGAAUAACUGUAGCAGGGAAUAACUUGAAAGGGAUGGAGUAAUGCUGCCAGCAGCAACUAAAAUCAUUAUCACAAUGUAAACAAAUGUAUUGUUUAUCAAAUUCAAUUAGGCUACUUCCUCUCUAUGCAAAUGUAUCGUCAUACAGAUGCAUUUUAUAAACUUUACAAAGACACUGUGCCAAUUCAUUGAGUAUUCCAUCACUGUGUCACUGUAGCCUUAUCUUAGGAGCUAUCUGUUUUAAUACUAAACAUUGGUCUCUAGCUUUGUGAAUAGGUUUUAAGAGAAGACAACAACUUCUCUUAACAACUACUUAACAACUUCAGUUGAAACUUCAGUGAUCAGUUGAAAUGCUUUGUGAAUACGGGCCCUGGUCUUCAGCCAAGAGUAGGCUAUUUCAACAGAAUCAUGUGAACAAAGGCACAAGUGAGGACCUGCCUUCUCCAACCCAGAGGAUUACUCACUGCGGCUCCAUCUUAAUAUGCUCUCUGUCUUGGAAAGCACAGGAUUGCAGCCUUACUCAGUUACUCACUCACCCAGUCACUCACACACUCACUCAUUCUGUAAACAAGGAUCGGUAUGAUAGAGAUACACUUCUCUCAUGGGCUUGCCUCAUGCCUUGUAUGUGUGUGUGUGUGUGUGUGUAUGUAUGUGUGUGGGUGUGUGUCACUAGUGUGAACUCUCAUCCAGUGAGCUGAUCGUUAUGGAUCGGAGAGCUCACACAGUGCCUGGCCCCCUGGUGAGGAGGUUCUUCUGGGCCUUUUUUUUUCAGAAGGGAAGGCCUGACCCCCAUUCUGCCAUAGCCUCUUUCACAUGGCCCCAAUCUGUCAUCCUAGCUUCUUCUCAGAGGAAACGGGUGCCCGUUUAUGCCUACUGAAGGGAUAGAGAGAAAUACUCACUCAUGUACGAAAUAUUUGCUUGAUUGACCCAGAUAUGCAAUCAGAUGGACUCCAAUGAGAUCUUUGGACAAGGUCCCUGCCUUGCACCUAAUUUAGCAUGUCGCAUUCGGGCGGCUUCACAGAAGCCUCUUGCUUGUUGGGGUCUCAGCCUGUAUCACCACUUACAGUACGAUGCUGGAAAAAUAUACAGUUUUGUUUACUUUUGAAAUGUGAUGAAGCGGAAAGCCUUGCUUCAGCAGAUCUGAGCACAGUCCUUGUUAGUUUGUGGGGUUUUCUUUUGCAGUGUCACACAUUAGCUGACGUUCACGUCCCUGUGUCAUUCCUCAUCUCAUAAUCACUGAAUUAAAUGAAAAACAGGAAUCAGGUGGAAAAAACUAGCUGUCCAAUGCCAUUCCUGCUGCUAGCAUGUUGAAUAGACACCAAGGCAUCCCUGUAGUUGCUGUAGUCUCUGCUGAUAACUCGCUUUGACAAUACAAACAUACUCAUAACCUGCAUGGUCACUAUAGAGGAGAAAUGUCUCUGUGCAAACAAUUGCCAAUUUUAGUAGCACUAAUUUGUGGUCCUUUAUUCUUAAAAACGCACAAGCACAUGAGUAUUUUUUUUUUCUUUCACAGAGAGAGGCAUGUUCAGACCUAAUAUUUCAAUGAUAUCCUGGCUAAUGAUGUCUAGGCCCUUGAUGGAUCCAGAUCUAGCAAAAACAAGAGGGCCCGGUUAAAUCUCAAAAGCACGUUUCCUCUUUAUUUUUUGGACUGGUCUACAUUUGGGUUCUCUGUGAAAGGAAAAAAAACCUUUCUUUUCUUUUUUUGUAAAGUCACAGUCUUGCUGAGGAUUGCCAAGCCUAUGUAGUCAUCCUUGAGGCUGUGAUCAUGUGGCUACUGCCCUCUGGUGGCUUGGAAGAUAAUCAAUGGUGGGGGAGUAUUGAAACAUGGCAUGGCAGUGCAGACUGGUAUUUGAGCGCCCCCUGCAGGUCACUGCAGGUACUAGUCCCAUGAGCGUCAGUUCCAUGUGGCAUACAAGGCAGGCUCUUUGGGGACAUUUCUCAGGAGGAAGCCACAUUAGGUCAGUCUUUUUUUUUUCUUCUUCUUUUUGUUUAAAUCUUUUGAAUAUUUUUUAUCAUUCCUGUUUUUUUCAAACACACUUUACAUCAUUGCAUGUGUGAAAUGUUUCCUCCAUUAACAAGGUUGCACAUUCCCAAAAGAAAAGCACAGGCUUGAGCCAUCAACAUAUUCCAGCUGUGUCAUGCACUAGCAUAUUUGCUUUCACCAUCUAGACAUUUACAAGUGCCUUUGGUGCACAUCAUUCUUUGAUUACAGACUUGAACCAUUUUUGGUGAAGUGAUAUGUUUUCUUUCAUUAUCGUACAUGCCUCUAUAAUGAUUAAGUGCAUUCCCAAACUAACUGUUACAUCAGAGACCGCCCUCUGUUUGAACUCUGUAUGAAGUAAGAUAUUUUAAUAGCCUAAAACCUUGCCUGUGCUGUCAACAAAGUUAGAGUUAUUUUAUGAUUUUUUUAUAUUUUAGGAUUUUUUGUAGGGAUCAUGUCAGAAGGCCCUUGGUGAAAUCCUGCCGUCUCAUGCGGAUGUAAUCGCUCUCAGCGUCUCAUCUCUCCAUUUCUGCCUCUUAAGACCUCGGACUGUGUCACAGUGGAGCUUUGCAAUCCUUAGCAGUAUGCUUAUUCUACCUAGUGAAUGCAUUGCAGUAUUAAAGGUUUGGUGAGCCUGUUUGAGGAUAUUGUCACUUGCACGGUUACAAACAGCACUCGACACACCCCUACUAUGGUGCUUGAGGAAAUAGGUCUCAUAUCUGUCUUAGGUUUUGAGUUUAGGAAUGUAUGCUAACACAGGUUGUAUUGUAUGUUUGCUAACAUGCCAAGCUCUUUCUUUUUUGAUUUCUGAGCUCAACACUCACAUGACCAAACUGGCUGGCUGUCUGUGGCAUAGGUUGUGAAUCUCUGUCAUACUCUUUUGCCCUUUCGUGUCAAGUGAACCUGUCUGUGAAAUGAGUGUCUGAGUGGUUGAAUUCCCUGUGAUGUAAAUGUACACCAUGCCACUGUUUGGAUGUGAAGAAUCCUGAUGUUUAAAUAAAUACAAAUUACUUUUUUGCCCUCCAUUGAAGGUGACAUGA